CUCGUUUCGAAAUUUAUUUCAGUCUAAAACCAAAUACCUUUAUAUACUCGAAGCCAUGGGCCACGGACGCAAGAAGAAGCGCACUCAUGUCGCGCCGACAGAGGAGGAGCUAGACAAGAUCCCUCGGUCUCUGGUGGUAAAGUCAGGCUCAGUCGGACGUACGGUGUCAGCGCUCGUGGCAGACGUGCGGCAGGUGAUGGAGCCAAACACGGCAACGCGCUUGAAGGAGCGCAAAACCAACAAGAUCAAGGACUACAUUGCCGUGGCCAGCCAGCUCGGGCUCACGCACCUGAUGAUGUUCUCACAGACCGAGGUAGGCACGAACCUGCGCAUCGGCAGGAUCCCGCGCGGCCCAACCCUCUCGUUCCGCAUCAACAAGUACUCGCUGGCCAAAGACUGCCUCCGGCUGCAGAAGCUGCCGCGCACGUCGGGCACUGAGUACAAAACGUCGCCGUUGGUGAUUCUGAACAACUUUGCUGGCGAGGCCAAGGGCAAGGAGUUCAAGCUGAUGACCGCCAUGCUGCAGAACCUGUUUCCGGCCAUCAAUCCGUCGGCGAUGACGCUGGCAGAGGCCCGGCGUGUGGUGCUGUUCAACUACAACGAGGCUACGGGCAUGGUGGAUUUCCGCCACUACGCGAUCGUGGUGAAGCCGGUCGGCGUCACCAAGGGCGUCAAGCGUGUGAUUAUGGCGAAGAAUAUGCCGUCGCUGGCCAAUUUCGACGAUAUCAGCGAGUACGUGCUGCGCGAGGCAUUUGCGUCCGAGAGCGACGUCGAGGAUGGACCUGAGAACUCUGUCACGCUGGCGCAGGACUACGUGGGCCGUGGAAACAAGAAGAACGAGCAGCGGGCGAUCCGUCUGAUGGAGCUGGGCCCGCGCAUGGAGCUCAAGCUGCUGAAGGUGCAGGCUGGUCUGUGCGAGGGCGACAUUCUGUUCCACGGCUAUAUCCACAAGACCAAGGAGGAGAUCGAGAAGGCCGAGCGCCUGCGCCAGAUCAAGCUGACGCAGCAAGCGCGUCGUCGCCAGCAGCAGGAGGCUAAUGUCGAGCGCAAGGCCAAGGACAAGAAGAAGAAGAAGAGCAGCAAGUUCGAUAUGGCCAAGAAUGAGCCUACCGCGGAUGACAGCGAGCCGGAGGAGGGCAUGUCGGAGCUCGACAGCGCCAGCGACAGCGAUGCCAGCAUGGACUCGGAUGAUGAUGCUGGUGUGCCGGCGGGAUCUGCUGCUGCUGACGACUUUGGUGCUGACGAGUUCAACGGAGACGAGCUGUUCGACGAGGGCAGCUCGGGCGACAACGACAGCUUUGACGAGGAGGAAGACAACGACAGCGAUGAGGAGGAUCGCAAGCCGGCCAAGCGGGCAAAGAAAGACACCAAGCCUGCCAAGGGCAAGUUCAAGGGCAAGGGCGGAAGCAAGCGGAGGUAG